AGUACCUAGUCAAUCUCAUAUUAUCAGUGUGGUGUGUUAAUAAUUUAUCAUACAAAUUUUUAAUUGAAAUGUGGUUGCGUUGCAGAUUUUAAGUGUGUCGUGUAUUGGUUUUGGCUUUAUAAAAUAUCUUCAGACAAUUUCUUUCAAACUUAAGAUUUCUGUGCUGAAUAUAAAGAUGCAAUCUUCGAGUCCUGGACCUGUUAUUGAUCUUCGUGCUGAUGUUAACCGCCUUGUGUUGCACAGCAACCUUAUAAACUUGGAAGUGAUUAUCGACAUUGAACACGAACUAAGGAAAGAAUCUAGUGACCUUAUUUCCCUUAUGUUUCUCUUGUACGAUGAUCCGGACAUUGCAUUAGUGAAAUUGACAGCUUAUCAGCAAUCUAGUAAUGCAUAUCAUGAGCACUCCUUGCUUCAAGAUUGGCUUUUAAAGGCGAAAUGUAAGCUGACUUGGAAACAUGAAUUGGUCGAAGGAUUGUUGAUUUGCAAAAUGAAUAAUUUGGUUAGAAAGAUGGGUUUCGAUUUAAACAGCCUAAAAUCAUACUACCAAACAGACAAUUGCAUAAUGAGCAUACAUAUAAAUCCUGUAAAAAAGUUACUUUACAGAAUAUGCGAGGAAAUGAACGCCACGAAUUUUUCGAAGUUCAAGCGGUCGCUCUUGGCCUAUGGUUUGGAUUUUACAAAGCAAGACAUUUGUGAAAUUAUCUUGCUUGAAUUAAUAUCUAAAGAAUUUAUAAAGACGAAUUUUAGUAACAAAUGUUUAUCCGUUGCAAAUACUUCUACUAAAAAAAUGGCCGUGCGGGAUUUCGUGAAAACAAUUGAAAAUUUAGAAGGAUUACAAAUAUUGACAAUGGAACUAAAGGCUUUAGAGACGGAAGUGAAUAAACAUUUCGAAAAGGCUUCUAAUUCACCUGAGGACGCCCCUAUUUCGGAAGAAACACAUAAAGAGGAUGAUAAAUUUGAUAAUGCUGAAAUAUUUGAAGAUUCUUUGAAUUUUGAAAAUCUGACAUUAGAAGAUUUUCAUGCGAGUUGUUAGUUUCCAAGCUGACACUUAUACACUUAAAAUUUGGUGGAGCAAAAAAAAGUUAACUGUUGAUAAUUUUUAAGAUUUUGCCAGGCAUCGCCUUUGGCUAUAUUCUCCUGGGAGAAUUGGAGGUGGAGGAGAACCUGUCUUCCUCUUCUCCCUCCUCAUCUCUGGAGGCGCCGAAGUUCGACAUCAACCAGUCUGCCACCAAAACCGAGUAUCCGUACACGGAUUCCCAAUGAUAAAAAAGGGCCUUUGGUGUGAUAUUAAUUUUAUUGCAAAAGACUAGAAACAAUAAGGAUUUCUAUUGAUGCUAGGGUGUAUUGUGAAUCUGCACGGGUACGUUUCUUACUAUUAUUAAAAUAAUAUACUACUUAUCUGUGCCGCAUAGCAGUCGCGCGUUACAGUGGCGGAAUGGCGUAAUGUCAGUGUAAAUGUUUAAAAAAAGUUUUUAUUAAUUUACCUUGCAAAUGUGAGCUGAAUUAGAAGAUUUAUGGGAUAUUGUAUAUGCAUUCAAUCAUGAAUCCACAUUAUAA